AUGGUUGUAUUAAACGAAACCAAGAAACAAAGGCAUGAAAGAUUUACGAAUCAGCUAAUAUAUGCUGGUCUUUCCGGCAUGCUCAAAGCAUCAUUGUUUGCUUUGGCCACCGGCUAUUUCCUUUCAUAUAAAUUCAACCAUGGUAAAAAUACCGGAUAUUUUAGAAACACAUAUAAAUUGUGGUGGUUUGUUGGUUGUAAUAUUGUGGGGAUAACAUGGGCUACUGACAUUGCAAAGAUAAACAUCAGCAAGCAAGCAGCUCUUGAAGAUGAAAUUAAAAGAAAUUUACUAUUUGAAGAAGAAUUGAAUCAACUUAGUGGUAAAUAA